AUGUCUAGCCACUCGUAUGGUCAGGAUUUCCCAGGAGCCGCUGGACAGGUCUCAGGGGCCCCAGCGGGCUGUCAUUACCCAGGACACCCCCAGUAUGGAGGGGAGCUACCCCCUGGUGGGGGCCCAGCUACCAGAGGGCCCUACACACGGCCAUCUGAUGGCGGAGCCUAUGGACAGCCCAGCCUUGGGGGGCUCCCUUCAGUUCCUGGAGGACCCCGUGGAGGUCCUCAUGGCCAACCUGCCGCAAAUGCCUAUAACACCCCUCAGCCAGGCCCUCACAGGCAAGGCCCAGCAGCGGGCCACACUCCUCGUGGUGUAGAGCCGGAAGCAUACUCCUGGUUCCAUACGGUGGAUUCGGAUCACAAUGGCUACAUCUCUAUGAAGGAGCUCAAGCAGGUCCUGGUCAACUUCAAUUGGUCCACGUUCAACGAGGAAACCUGCAUCAUGAUGAUAAACAUGUUUGACAAGACCAAAACAGGCCGGAUGGACCUCUCGGGCUUCUCUGCGUUGUGGACCUUCAUCCAGCGGUGGAAGGACCUCUUCAAUCAUUAUGACCGGGAUGGCUCGGGCUCCAUCAGCUGCAAUGAGCUGCAGCAGGCGCUGUCCCAGAUGGGCUACACCCUGAGCCCUGAGUUCACCCAGCUCCUGCUUUCCCGGUACUACCCUCAUUCUGCCAACCCUGUCAUGCAGCUGGACCGCUUCAUCCAGGUGUGCACCCAGCUGCAGGUGCUGACCGAGGCCUUCCUGGAGAAGGACACGAGCAUGCAGGGCAGUGUCAGGCUCAGCUUUGAGGAGUUCCUCAUCAUGACAGCCUCACGGAUGCUGUGA